AUGCUAUCGGUUACUGCCAGGCACCGGUACACACCUGUGCCGAUAUAUUUAUGCGAAAAAAGUGCCUCACUGAUGUUGGACGAUGAAAAUUCAUCGAUAAUAGACGGAGGUGACCGUAAUAAGACUAAUGAACAUCGUCUAUUAGCAAAUAAAGGCGAAGUAAAUAACAAUAAUAAUUAUUUAGCAAAAAUUUGUCAAUCACUAUCAUUGACAACAGUUGAACAAACGGCACCGUUAGCUUCCUCAUGGACAUUUUGGCUUCUUGAUAAUCAAAAACUUAAAACAACAUCAAAAAAUGAUUAUGAAAGUGGAUUAAGUCGUAUCUAUGAGGUCGCUACUGUACAAGAGUUUUGGUCCGUCUUUAAUAAUAUUCCAGCACCAAGUAAAUUAUUGAAUCGUGUUAGUUAUCAUUUAAUGCGAAAUAAUCGAAAACCGUUAUGGGAAGAUGCUGAAAAUAUUAAUGGUGGGAUAUGGACGGCUAAAUGUAGUAAACAUUUUAUCAAUGCCGUAUGGCAAGAUUUAUGUUUAGCAACAAUUGGUGAACAAUUUGAAAUUGACAAUGAUAAUAUUGUCGGUGUUACUGUUCAAACACGUGAUGGACAAUAUGAUGUUAUACAAAUUUGGAAUUCAAAUUCAGCUGAUGAUUCACAUACAAUUAUCUCGAAUAAAGUUAUGCAAUUAUUUCCUGAUAUGAAUUUUCCUGUGAAAUUUUAUAAAGCAAAUUCCUCACAUAAAGCAUUUGAAGGACAACAGACAACGGUAUAA